AUGGACGAAGCAAUGGAAGAUCAGCCUAAUACUCAAGAUGUCCUGCUUGAGACUCCCGCGGAGGAUGUCUUCAUGCCGCCUUCUGUCGUCAAGUCACAAGUACUUUCCGGAGACAGUCAUACGCAUCAUUCCCCAAUACCAAAGACACUCCAGGAUGACAUGAGCAUACCAUGUUGCUUAGGUGUAGAUGAAGCAGGAAGAGGACCUGUCUUGGGUCCAAUGGUAUACGCAUUAUACUACCUCCCAAUAGAAAUGCACCGCUCUUUACUAGCAGACACCCACAAAUUCGACGACUCAAAAGCUCUCACUCCAGCAUUCCGUUCCGAACUCAUGGAAAGAAUCUGUACACCAGAAACAGAUCUCCACACACAUUGCGGCUGGGCCACAAGAUCAAUGUCCGCUCAAGACAUUUCUUCCGCCAUGAUGAGACCGAAUGGAACUUACAAUCUCAAUGCCCAAGCUAUGGACGCCACGAUCGAUCUCAUACAGCAGGUCUUGGACUCCGGCGUGAACAUCCGAGAAGUUUACAUCGACACCAUUGGCCAGCCGGCUGCCUAUCAGAAGAAACUGGAGAGAAUCUUCCCAGCACUGGACAUCACCGUCGCGAAAAAGGCAGAUAGUCUAUAUCCCUGUGUCUCAGCGGCCUCGGUGUGUGCAAAAGUGACCCGAGACGCCGCACUCGACGUCCUCUACACCACGUACGCCAGCGAAAAGGAUGAGGGGGUUGUGGCUUGGGGAUCCGGAUACCCGUCUGAUGCAAGGUGUUCCAACUGGCUCAAAGCCAACAUGGAUCCGGUGUUUGGGUGGGGAAACGAGUGUCGAUUCAGUUGGGGAACGGCAAAGGAGAUGUUAGAGGCCAAAGGUGCUCCGUGCCAUGUGGCAUGGCCUGAGACAAAUGACAGUACGGAUAACAUGAAACUUACGGGAUUCUUUCUUGGUGCUGAGGAAGAGAAGGAGGAUGAAUUAGCUUGUUGGUUUGGGAGGAGAGUUACAGAGGAGGUGUUCUAG